AUGUGGGAAAUUACUCAAAUAUUGGUUGGAUAUGCAAAACCAUCAGCUGAUUCGAGUUCAAUAAAUGCAUCUGGUUCAGUUACUUUAAUCUCAAAUGAAACAAGCAAAAUCCUCGUAGACUGUGGAAGUCCAUGGAAUGGCAAUGAAUUAGCUAAAGCAUUGAAUUCAAGAUCAUUACGCUGUAGCGAUAUCACUGAUGUGGUAAUAACUCAUGGUCAUAUCGAUCAUUGUGGAAAUCUGUCGAUGUUUCCGAGGGCUACUAUCUAUAUGGACAAUGACCAAGCGGAACCAAAUGCACUUUACACAAAUUUCGAGGACAAUCACCUAAUAGCCGAUGGUGUGAAGAUUUUACGGACUCCUGGGCAUACAGAUCACGAUUUAAGCGUAAUUGUCCUUAAUUCCAAUGAAGAAAUUACGGUAGUCGCUGGUGAUAUAUUCGAAGAUGACAAAGCUGACGACUGGCAACGAAAUAGUAGAUAUCCGAGUCGACAACAGGAGAGUCGUUUCAGAAUACUUCAAGUCGCUAACUGGAUUAUUCCCGGCCAUGGAAAAAUCUUUAAAAAUAUACCUCACGGAAUAAAUCAUUAG